AUGGAAAAGUCCGACAUUGAAGAUCGCGCCGAUUAUCGUGAUACAAAGCCCUUUGUCCAUCCUGGAGCAUUGCAUACCGUCCUAGACAUCCACAGAGUCAAAUAUCGACUUAAGAAACAAGAAGAACCAUGGGUUACAGCUUUCGGCCAUCUGGAAGCGAGUAAGCUUGCGCAAACGGCGUGGAAACCAACGCCACAGACGGUCCUUGUCCGUGGUGCAAAUGACAAGCUGGCGGAAAAUUACGGAUAUGCCUACCGCGAUGCUCACUCCGCAUAUCAGUUGACGCUUCGUUGGCUCAUAUCGGGAAAUUCUUCAUAUGCCACUGCUGCUGUGACCAUUUUGAACGGGUGGAGUUCGACACUGACGGACAUCUACGGCACUUCGGACAAGUAUCUCGCCGCUGGCUUAUAUGGCUACCAGUUUGCAAAUGCGGCAGAACUGCUUCGCUUGUAUUCCGGUUGGUCAAAGGAUGACCAGACAACAUUUGGCACCAUGCUCAACGACGUCUUUGCACGCUAUAAUCGUCUUUUUCUUGACACGCACAACGACAAGCCCGAUCAUUAUUACGCCAAUUGGGAUCUUUGCAACAUUGCCUCCUUGAUGGCCAUUGGGAUCUUUAAUGAUAACAGAACCAUGUAUAAUUACGCCGUCGACUACUUCAAAAACGGUCCUCCUGACGGUGCUGUUGCAAACGGAGCACUUCCCUUCUUCUCUAUCGCGAAUUUCACCGAAGAGGGUUCUGGAAAGAUACUUAUGCAAGGCCAAGAAGCUGGACGUGACCAAGCACAUACGCUACUGGACUUUUCGCUCCUCGGUGUCAUAGGUCAGCAGGGAUAUAACCAAGGCGUGGAUCUCUAUGCCACAUUCGGUAAUCAGAUUCUAAAUGGGGCUGAAUAUGCUGCAAAAUACAACACAAACCACUCAGUGCCUUACACCCCAUACCGAAGCUGGGAGGGGAUCCUUCCAAAUGUCUCUACGAAAGCUCGGUUCGAUGUUCGCCCUGGAUUUGAGGCCAUCUAUUCCCACUAUGCAGAGGUCAAAGGCUUAAAUGCUUCAUGGUCUAAGGCGUACCGUGAUUAUGUCAACAGAAACUUGACAAGCAAUGUGGAGGGAGGCGGUGGUGAUUACAGCCCAAACUCAGGUGGUUAUGACGUAUUCGGACAUGGGACUUUAAUGUACCGCUUGGGCAAGUCUGAAGAGACCUGA